UAUCAGAAAACUCGCAUUAUUUUAGAUUUGUGAGCAAAUCUAAAAAAAAAGAUUCUAUCUCUUAGUGAAAGUGAUUGUUUUGAAUUAGCAAGUAGUCCAUAUUGUAGCCAAAAUUGCGACUCAAGGAGAAUCGGCCAGGAUGUCGGGUGAUCAGAAAACCCUCAUCAAGGGCAAUCCAUCGCAAUAUGUAAAGCUAAAUGUGGGCGGAUCGCUACAUUACACCACGAUCGGAACUUUGUGCAAGCAGGAUACUAUGCUUCGAGCCAUGUUUAGUGGCCGGAUGGAAGUGCUUACCGAUUCCGAAGGUUGGAUCUUAAUAGAUCGUUGUGGCAGCCACUUCGAAACAAUUUUGAACUUUCUGCGAGAUGGUAGUGUAGCACUUCCCGAUACAACUAAAGGCAUAGCUGAACUGCUGGCCGAAUCCAAGUAUUAUUGCAUCGAGGAACUGGUUGAAGCAUGUGAGAAAAUUCUUGCUAAAAAGGAACGAGAAUCGCGUGAAUCAGAACCGAUAUGCAGAGUUCCGUUGAUAACGUCUCAGAAAGAAGAACAGUAUCUGAUAACAACCGCUACAAAACCAGUGGUGAAACUUUUGAUAAAUCGCCACAAUAAUAAGUACAGUUACACAAAUACCUCGGACGAUAAUUUAUUGAAAAAUAUUGAGCUGUUUGAUAAGCUUUCGUUACGCUUUAGCGGCCGAGUUUUCUUUAUCAAAGAUGUUAUUGGUUCUAGUGAGAUUUGCUGCUGGUCAUUUUACGGUAAUGGGAAGAAAGUAGCUGAAGUGUGCUGUACUUCUAUAGUAUAUGCCACUGAUAAAAAACAUACGAAAGUAGAAUUUCCUGAGGCACGAAUAUUUGAGGAAACUCUCAACAUUUUGUUAUACGAGAAUAAAAAUGCUCCAGAUCAGGAAUUAAUGCAAGCAACGUCGCUACGGGGUGCAGUUGGUGGAAUUUCUUCUUAUACUAGCGACGAAGAGGAAGAACGAACCGGACUGGCUAGACUACGGUCGAAUAAGCAGAAUAAUCCUACAUGAUUUACACAUCAACUUGUGCUGAGGAAGAAGUUGUUGCCAAAGAAAUAUUGAAAACUGUCAACGAGCAGCUACGCACAAUAUCGUAAUGCAAGUUUAACAUAACAGUCAAUAACUUCUAAUCAAUAUUUUAAGAUUUAGAAAUUCAUUUUCCAAUAGUUGGCUUUUAAAGAUUAUUCUCUCUCUGUAUGAAUGUUUUAACAAUUUCAGCAAUACAUUUUCAUUAA